AUAGAUACGGCGUGAGCUUAGCUGCAGUCACUUCUAGCUACUCAGCGAGCACCACUGGGGUUCUUGGGGGAAAAUCUCUCAAGUAAGAUACAAAAAUACAGAAAAAAACCAUGUCAGACUACAGCAGGAAUUCAGAUCAAGAAGAACUUCUUGAUGAGGAGCUUGAUGAAGACAAAAUCUUGGCCAACUUGUCCCCCGAAGAGCUAAGGGAACUGCAAUCUGAAAUGGAAGUCAUGGCCCCUGACCCCAGGCUUCCUGUGGGAAUGAUUCAGAAAGAUCAAACCGAUAAGCCACCGACAGGAAACUUCGACCAUAAAUCCCUCGUCGAUUAUAUGUAUUGGCAAAAGGCGUCCAGACGCAUGCUGGAAGAUGAACGCAUUCCUGUCACCUUUGUACCAUCUGAGGAAAAUGCUCAAGAGCAGCAUGAAGAAAUAGACAAAGGUAACAAAAAUGUGUCCCAGUAUUUAAAAGAAAAGCUCAACAAUGAAAUUGCUGCGUAUAAAAUAGAAUCAAAGGGCAGCAACAAUGUCCAAGAAACGGAUAAUGAUGAUAAUAAUGAAGAUGAUGAUAAUGAUGAAGAAGAUGAAGAUGAGGAAGAUGAUGAAGACGAUGAAGGAGAAGAGGAGAGUGAGGAGAGUGAUGAGAAAACAAAAAAAGAAGAUGAAGGCAAAGUAAAGGAGCAAAUCAGAAAUGGCGAGAACAACUGCCCCCAGGUGACUAAUAAAGCAUUCGAAGGACAGAAAGACAAAAGAGCUGCCCAAGAAAAAAGUGAGAAAAAAAUAUCAAAAUUAGAUCCUAAGAAGUUAGCUUUAGAUACCAGUUUUUUGAAGGUAAGUGCAAGGCCUUCAGGAAACCAAACAGACCUGGAUGGGAGCUUGAAGCGAGUUAGACAAAAUGAUCCUGACAUGAAGGAACUCAACCUGAACAACAUUGAAAACAUCCCCAAGGAAAUGCUAUUGGACUUUGUCAAUGCCAUGAAGAAAAACAAACACAUCAAAACCUUCAGUUUAGCAAAUGUGGGUGCAGAUGAGAAUGUAGCGUUUGCCUUGGCUAACAUGUUGCGUGAAAACAGGAGUAUUACCACUCUGAACAUCGAGUCCAAUUUCAUCACAGGUAAAGGAAUUGUGGCCAUCAUGAGGUGUCUCCAAUUUAAUGAGACACUAACUGAACUUCGGUUUCAUAAUCAAAGGCACAUGCUGGGCCACCAUGCUGAAAUGGAAAUAUCCAGGCUUUUGAAGGCAAACAACACUCUCCUGAAGAUGGGCUACCAUUUUGAGCUUCCAGGUCCCAGAAUGGUGGUAACCAAUCUGCUCACCAGGAAUCAGGAUAAACAAAGGCAAAAAAGACAAGAAGAACAGAAACAGCAGCAACUCAAAGAGCAGAGAAAGUUAAUUGCCAUGUUGGAGAAUGGAUUAGGGUUGCCACCUGGGAUGUGGGAGAUGUUGGGAGGACCAAUGCCCGAUUCCAGAAUGCAGGAGUUCCUCCAACCUCCUCCUCGACCUCCCAACCCCCAAGCAGUCCCCUUGAGUAGACGAAAUGAAAUGAUGAAAAAGCCAUCGCAGCCUCCUCAGCACAGCACAGACCCCGACUCCUUCCGGAUGGUGAAGCUGAAAAGGAUCCAGCGCAAAUCUCGGAUGCCGGAAGCCAGAGAACCACCCGAGAAAACCAACCUCAAAGAUGUGAUCAAAACACUCAAACCAGUACCCAGAAAUAGGCCACCCCCAUUGGUGGAAAUCACUCCCAGAGAUCAGCUCUUGAAUGACAUUCGUCACAGCAACAUCGCCUAUCUUAAACCUGUGCAGCUGCCAAAAGAACUGGCAUAAGAGGCAACAGAAUAAUCUAGAAGAACAAGGAACUGAAAUAAAGACUCUUGGAUUAAAGCUUGGAGAUAUUUGAGCAGCAUACCAUGGAUCCAGGUGGUGAACUGGGAACAAUGCUAACAUCUGAUAGGAGUGUUUUGCAAAAGGCAGAAUGCUUGGCCCAUGACAAAACAGGGGCUGAAAAUGAAGAGAGAAGGAGAUAAAAUAGUAAUAUCUAGGGGCAACAUUUUCUACUUCCAAUCAGUUUGAGUGACUUUGGUGAAAUUCAGGGUCAUGCUUACAGCAGCAGAAGUUAAAAAAAUUUUUUUUGGUAAACUUUACUAUUGCUUUCUUCUGGUAAAUAACAAUAAAUACUAUAGAAGUGUUAACUAUUAUACUC